AUGAAAUUAUCUACUUUAAUUCCAAUUGUUGCUUUUAUUUCAACUAUUUCAGCUGCACCAGCAGCAGCACCAGCAGUUACUUCUCCACCACAAGCUGCACCAACUGAUGGAAAUAAUUGGUCCACUUAUCCAUCAGUUGCCAAAACAGCAUCAAUUAAUGGAUUUGCUGAUAAAAUUUAUGAUCAAUUACCAUCAUGUGCUCAACCAUGUGUUCGUAAAGAUACAAGAGUAACUCCUUGUCCAUAUUGGGAUACAGGUUGUUUAUGUGUUAUGCCACAAUUUGCUGGUCCUAUAGGUGAUUGUAUUGCUUCUGCUUGUAAAGGUGAUAAAGUUAAAACUGCUACUUCUUUAGCUACUUCAAUUUGUUCAAGUGCUGGUGUUUGGGAACCUUAUUGGAUGAUUCCUCCUUCAGUUUCUAAAAGUUUAUCAGUUGCUGCUGAAGCAACUGAUUAA